CCUCACUGAGCACUUAGCAUGGUACAGGACCUUAGCCCGUUAACGCCUAAGCUAGCGCGUGUGGAAUAGUCUCAGUCUCAGGGACAAAGUCAUGGUCCACAACUCAAAAGAAGCGUCCUUUUGUACAGCAUCCAUGCAUCUCCUCUUCCAGUCCAAUGCAACCAAUUGCGAAUUGCUUUCUUCGCUUGGCUGCGCGUGCGAACCCAACAAUGACGCCCUCCCCACCAGCCAUGCGUAGCUUGAGCCCACUGUACUCUCUCCUCCUCCUUACCGGCGCAGCCAUGGCUGCCGCGGACCUCUGGAACACCGACUGCCCGAAAGACACAAACUACACCCGCGGCGGCGUCUUCCAGGCCAACCUCGACUCCCUCCUCGCCUUCCUCCCCGCCGCCGCCGCGUCGGCCACGUCCGGGUUCGCCGAGAACACCACCGGCACAGCGCCUGACGAGGCGUACGGGCUCGCACACUGCCGCGCCGACGUGAACGCAUCGGUGUGCCGCGCGUGCCUGGAGGACGCGGCCACCAAGUGCCCCGGCCAGAAAACGUCCACGAUUUACUACGACGACUGCCUCCUCCGCCACUCGAAUGUGAGCUUCUUCGGCGUCGCCGACACGUCCCUGUGGGUCUACAUGUGCAACCCGGACAACGCGACGCAGCCCGGGCUGUUCAGGACGCAGCUGGGAGCGCUGAUGAGCAACCUCAGCAGCAGGGCGGCGUCGUCCCCGCGACUGUUCGCGGCCGGCACGGUCGACUUGACGCCCUUCCUGAAGAUCUACGGCAUGUCCUACUGCAUGGGCGACCUCGCCGGCGACGACUGCAACCGCUGCCUUGACAUAGCCGUCACGUACAUCCCGAGAAGUUGCGACGGGAGGGCGGGAGGACGGAUCACCGCCCGGAGCUGCUACAUCCGGUACGAGCUGUACCGUUUCUACAACGCCCAGGCCACCGAGGCGGCGAUGAACCCGCCACCGCCGCCAGCACCAGCAAUAAACGGCAGCGACAACUCCGGCCCCGCAGGACGCGCCGGAAACAACGCCAUGGCCAAGAUAGCUCUGUUCGUCUCCAUUCCUGUUGCUAUCGCGCUGUUGAUGCUGUUGACGGUUGCUUUCUGUCUAUGUAAAAGGAAGAACAACAAACCGCACGAACACGUGAGGAUAUCCAGCGCCGACAUUGGGGAUGGAGAAGACAUGAGAAGCUCAGAGUCUCUGCUGUACGAUCUGAGUACUCUAAGGGCGGCCACUGACAACUUCUCUGAAGAAAAUAAGCUCGGGGAAGGCGGGUUUGGUCCAGUCUACAAAGGCACGCUGCACGAUGGGCAGGAGAUCGCGGUGAAGAGACUGUCAAAAACCUCCCAGCAAGGACUCGUGGAGAUGAGGAAUGAGGUUGUGCUGGUGGCCAAGCUUCAGCACAAGAACCUGGUGCGCUUGCUCGGCUGCUGCAUCCAAGAGGAGGAGAUGCUCCUCGUCUACGAGUUCCUCCCCAACAGAAGCCUCGACAAGAUUCUAUUCGAUCCUGCGAGGCGCCAGGAGCUUACCUGGGGGCACAGGUUCAGGAUCAUCCAGGGGAUCGGUCGAGGCCUUCUUUACCUCCACGAAGAUUCCAGGCUGACCAUCAUUCACCGUGACCUCAAGGCGAGCAACAUCCUGCUAGACCCCGACAUGAACCCCAAGAUCUCCGACUUCGGCCUCGCCAAGCUCUUCAGCGUGGACGCCAGCGUCGGGAACACCAGCCACAUCGCCGGAACCUAUGGCUACAUGGCGCCGGAGUACGCCCUGCACGGCAUCUUCUCCGCCAAAUCCGACGUCUACAGCUACGGCGUCCUUGUGCUGGAGAUCGUCGCCGGCCGCCGCAACAAUUUCAGCCAGUAUCCUGGCACUAAUGGCGAGGAUCUUCUGACCACGGUCUGGAGGCAUUGGAGCCGUGGGAGCGUGUCGGGGUUGCUCGACGGCUGCUCGGCCGACGGACUCCAGCCGUCGGAGAUGCUGCGGUGCAUCCACGUGGGGCUACUCUGCGUCCAGGAGGACGCGCACCUCCGGCCAGGCAUGGCGGCGGUCGUCGUCAUGCUCAACAGCCGUUCGGUUACGCUCCCUGUGCCGACGCCGCCGGCCUACCUCGUUCCGGGCCGCCCGGCCGCGUUGGGGAGGAGCACCACGGACGAGGCACACGCUCCGGCGGGAGCUGUUCGUCGGCCGCCUGUUAAUGACGCCUCUGUUUCUGACCUGGAGCCCCGGUAGUCAAGAAAAUGUUGCAUUUGGUAGUUACAUUUUUACCGAUUAAUU